AUGAUCUUCCCCAGCGUCGUCUGUGUUCAACAUUACUUCGAUAAACGACGUACUCUGGCUAUGGGCAUAUCUGUCGCCGGCUCAGGCAUUGGGACUUUUGCCCUGGCGCCGUUUCAACGCUGGCUGGCUGAUCUGGUAGGCUGGAGACACUUAAUGAUCGUCUUGGCCGGUGUGAGCUUCACUGGGACCUUUUUGGGGCUACUGUAUAAACCGCUUCCAAAACAUAAAACGGAUAGCAGUGUGGAAGCUUUGGGCGAUCUCCCAGAUACCGAUCUUGGAUUGGAGGAAAAGAUGCCAUCAAAAGCCGUAGAUAUGAUUGUGAUAAAGGACACUGAGUAUGAGUGCAACGUGUUUAAGACCACUAUGAAGUAUGCUCAAGACUUUGAUGAUGGGACUGUUAAAAGCAAAGACGAUCUCAAUUCUAAAGAACUACAGCUAAAUCAAUCUCAAAUAAUUGAAAAUGACACAAAAGAACGUGAUAUUAAUCCCAAAACAACCACUGGGGUAAAUACAACGCCAUCUAUUGACCAUUCUCUGCAGCCUGAAAACAAAGGUAGUUUUACCACGUGCUUUGACAAAUGCCGCAGAGACGGCCCUGUCGGGGUCAUACACUGGUCGCUGCUGAAAGAGCCCUCCUUUGUGGUAUGGCUCGUGUGUUUCUUCGGUUGCCAAUUUGCAGUCGUGGUUCCAUUGACCUUCAUGCCGGACAGUGCCAUGGAGCGCAACAUAGGGGGCCCUGAAGCAGCAUUUCUGAUAUCCGUCAUAGGGAUCGUGAAUAUUGCUGCACGGCCCCUCAUAGGGUUUGUUGCCGACCGGAACCACGUACGUCAUCACCGUCUAAAGUUACUGGCUGCCGGCGCUUUCAUUGGUGGGGUGGCGUUGAUUGUGAGUCCAUUUUGCAAAACGUACGCAACAUUGGUGAUCGUCGUUAUUCUUAUGGGAUUGUCUCAAGGAUGGGUCACCGACGUCACAGGGUCAUAUGACGUCACAUUUUACAUUUCAGGAGGGGUUGUGAUCACGUGUAGUUUUGCCAUGGCAACUAUAAAACGCUGUCAAAAGGAAACGAUCGAUGCCGAGGUGCCAUGCUUAGCCAAUAUACCGGAUCUCGAUGCAGCAAUUAUUACAACAGCCGGAAUAUUAUGA